CUACUUGCUGGCAGUUGCAGGAGAAGAUUGCUUUUAAGUGAAACGUCCCUGCCACCUCUCUGAGGUUUCAUUCCCCUUAAUAGUGUCCUGCCCUUAAGUUUGAGAGCUCCUUUUGCAAUGCAGGGUCAGCACGAGCGCUGAGGGGGGGGGGGAGGGAGGGGGCACGGGAGAUUUCCAAUCCAGAAGAAUCGCUGGCAUGUAUAUUUCAUCGGAUGGACUUUCCAUGUGUCUCAUCUCCCUGCCAUCAACGCUGUAUGCAGUGAUACUUCUGACUUGAGCAGAGGAAUGCGCGGAGGAAGCUUCGGCGAAACUGGUAGGAGAGGAUCUUCUCGGCGCCAGUGCUAAUUGUCGUGAUUUAUGUCCCCUCCAAGUACCUUCCACGGCUUCAUCUAAAAUAAAACGAAAGCUGGGGCCAGCCAGGAGCGCAGCCUUCGCAGCGCGUCUUGUCGCGGAGAACCAGGGAACGUCCUGCAGCUUCCCGGAGCCCCAGUAAAAGUUUAAGGCAAAGAAGUGGCUCGGGCAGACGGGAGACCCGGCGGUGCAGCGGGGCUGGCAGGCAACCCUGAGCGGCUGCUGCUGACUUGUUCCAGGGGGAGCGUCGGUCUUGGCUCCCCUUCUCUGAUCUGCCGGUCGCCGAGCUUUGCAGUGGAGCCGGAGGAGUUCCUCCCCCUUCGCACCGGAGCGAGCUCCGCGGGGCAGCUCCAGGGCAGUCUACAGGUCCCGGGGCAGGGGCUGAGAAGGGGGCUCCGACCUGCCGGCUGGCGGGCGCUGCUCUUCUCCAGCCCUUGAACUCUUCGGCGUCACCAGGAACUUUUGUUGGGCGUGCGGCACACGCCUGCCAGGUUCCCCACGGCCGGGGGACGGGGCACAGCGGGCGGAGCAGCCUCCCACCCGUGCGCCCCUGGCUCCCAUGCUCCCGCUGCCGGAGAGGGAUGAGGCUGGGAAGGUCCCAGGCAGCGCGGUGUCCGCUCUCCUCCCCGCUCUAACGAGAGGGAUUGCUCCACAUGGGUGUUGGUGCCAGAAGAAAAGAAUGAUUGAUGGGAAACAGACACCAGGCUGUAGACACUCAUCCUUUUGCUUCAGAUGCUGAUUUAUCAGUGCGUCUGGGUAUCUCUUGUGAGCUUUGAACACGGAGGAUCACUCGGGGUUAUCGACAGUACAAGUGAAGACCUACAACUUUGCUAAAUUAUUAUCUGCUCUCAGACAUCUUUUACAAAAAGCCCUGAUAGACACAUUAUAAGACCAAGGACAAGCUUCAGAUUUCGGUGAAAAGCUGCUGUUUUGAAUAUGUUAGGCUUCUACCAAAGUCUUCAACUUAGUAAAGCAAGUACCAUAUUCUAACGUUUCACGUUCAGUUGUGCAACCUCUUUAUAAGAUACAUACAUAAAUAUACGUGUACAUAUAUUUAUAAUCUAUAGACUGUCCUUAAAUCAAUACUGGUUAUAAUUAUCAAGGCAAUUUCAAAGGAUUUAGAGAUGUAUUUGUCAAGAUUCCUGUCACUUCAUGCCCUUUGGGUUACUGUAUCUUCAGUGAUGCAGCAUUAUCCUUCAGUGUGGGGACAUUAUGACGUGUGUAAGACUCAGAUUUACACUGAAGAAGGCAAAAUUUGGGAUUACAUGGCCUGUCAGCCAGAAUCCAGAGACAUGAUCAAAUAUGUGAAAGUGACCCUGGAUCCCCCUGAUAUAACAUGUGGAGAUCCUCCCGAGACCUUCUGUGCAAUGGGGAAUCCCUACAUGUGCAACAAUGAAUGUGAUGCCAGUACCAAUGAACUGGCACAUCCACCUGAACUGAUGUUUGAUCUUGAAGGAAGACAUCCCUCCACAUUUUGGCAAUCUACAACGUGGAAAGAUUAUCCAAAACCUCUCCAGGUUAACAUUACCCUCUCCUGGAACAAAACCAUUGAACUAACAGAUAACAUAGUUAUCACCUUUGAAUCUGGCCGUCCAGACCAAAUGAUCCUGGAGAAAUCACUUGACUAUGGGCGAACAUGGCAGCCAUACCAGUAUUAUGCCACAGACUGCUUAGACGCUUUCCAUAUGGAUCCAAAAUCAGUGAAGGAUUUAUCACAGCACACAGUCCUAGAAAUCAUUUGCACAGAAGAAUACUCCACUGGGUACAUGACAAAUAGUAAAAUCAUCCACUUCGAGAUCAAAGAUCGAUUUGCAUUUUUUGCUGGACCUCGGCUUCAUAAUAUGGCUUCCCUGUAUGGCCAGCUUGACACAACCAAGAAGCUGAGAGAUUUCUUUACCAUCACAGACCUGAGGAUAAGAUUGCUCAGACCAGCAACUGGGGAAAUAUAUGUAGAUGAGCAGCACUUGGCACGCUACUUUUAUGCAAUCUCAGACAUAAGGGUAUAUGGAAGGUGCAAGUGUAACCUUCAUGCCAUUGGCUGUAAAGAAGAAAACAAAAAAUUGUUUUGUGAAUGUGAGCACAAUACUACAGGCCCAGACUGCGGGAAAUGCAAGAAGAAUUAUCAGGGUCGACCUUGGAGUCCUGGCUCAUAUCUGCCUAUUCCUAAGGGCACAGCAAAUAUCUGUAUUCCCAGUAUUUCCAGUAUUGGUAAUCCACCAAAGUUUGAUAGGAUAUGGCCGAAUAUUUCUUCCCUUGAGGUUUCUAAACCAAAUCAAGACUGUAAUUGUAACCCUUUUGGCUCUGUCCGUGACCGCUGUAAUGACACAGGAUUCUGUGAGUGUAAGGAGGGAACAUCAGGGCGUAAAUGUGAUAAGUGUCUGCUGGGAUAUAUCUGGCACAGCCUAGGCUGUCAACCAAAUGUAUGUGACAAAGAACUACUGCAAUGCCAGAAUGGAGGAACAUGCCUCAAAAACAUGCGAUGCCAGUGCCCUCCAGCCUACACUGGCAUUUUGUGUGAGAAGUUGAAGUGUGAAAGGGAUCCAGGAGGCUGCAGCCAAAACUCCGGCAAUGUGGCAGUAUCACAUGGCCCUCUAUUACCGCUGACUGCUCUACUAGGAGUAACUGGGCUUUUCAUAUUCUAGGCUCCGUCUGGUUGAUGGCAUCGCGUUCAGACUGCUUCAGAAGGAAUGUGCCACAAAAAGCAAAACAAAACCCAAGCAUUUGCUACUAAAAUUUAAAAAAGAAAAAGAAUAAAACCACAUAUAAACUAAGAAGGCCCAACUGAACUAAGCCAUAUUAAUCAAUUGUGGACUGCACUCUGAGUCAAAAGACUGUUAAUUUCUGACUCAAGACAAGUUGGCAGCUGCCAAGUCUAUUACUACAAACAACGCCAGCUGCGAAGAGUACAAAGGAUUGAAAAGGCUUUGACAAGUCCCCAAAAUGGAAAAUAAAAAACAUUUGCCACUUUGAUAUGGUGCGCUACUGUACUUCUGCCCAGUGUGUGGACCAACCAAAUAGAGGCAUUCUUUGCUGUCAGUGCAUUGUGGGUAUAAGGAAAUCUGUUAAAGCUGCCAUAUUGGCCUGCUUCAGUCCCUAAAUCCCUUCCAACCUGUGCUUUAGUGAACAUUGCUCUGUAACCCUUGUUGGUUGAAAGGUUUCUUUGUCUGAUGUUAGUGAUGCACAUGUGUAACAGCCCCCCUCAAUAAAACUCAAAGACAGUCAUAUCCUUGUAUAUUUUAGCAGCACCGCAUCAGUAAGAUGCUGUGUUCAUCUACUGUACAAGAGUGGCUAUAGGACAAAAAGUGUAUUUAUCCUUUUGUAUUCAAAUGAAGUUAUUUUUCUUGAAAUAAUGUACAAUGUAGAUUUUUUGUAUUAUUGACAAUUUGUGUUACCAGACAAUUUAUUAAUGUAUUUAAUUGUAAUCAGAUAAGAAAAUUACUACUUUUUAUUUAAUCUUUCUUUUUUUUUCUUUUCUCCUUUCAUUUAAUUGUGCAGAGAUUUCUCUGUAUGGGCAACGUGCUGGCAUCAAAGAAUAUCAGUUUACAUAUAUAACAAGUGUAAUAAGAUUCCACCAAAGGACAUUCUAAAUGUUUUCUUGUUGCUUUAACACUGGAAGAUAAAAAAAAAAAUAAAAAUUCCUGCAUAAACAA